CUCGGUCGGUGAUUGCUCAUGGAAAUUCUCAAAAUUGACAAAUUAAAUUAUUUUUGCAAGAAGGAUAUUUACUUUAUAAAGAGAACUUUUAAAUCUUUCCUCACAUUUAGAGGCUAGAUUGAAGUAUAUGUUAAGCAUUUACACACACAGAUUUAUACAGUAGUACACUUGACAGUUUUUAUUGUUUGUACAUUUUAAAGGUGAAAUAGAUUUACCCAACUCCAUACCUGGCUGCUCAUCGUAAAUAGGAAAUCGAAAAGUUGGUCUGUUCAUGUUCUUUUAAAUUUUCAAAAUUUAAAAACCGGUUUGACACAGAUUGAUUUAUAGUGAUAAGCCAUGGGGAAGGAACAGGAGGCUGAAAAAGCUGUCGAUGAGAAGGAAUAUGGCUCAAAUCUAAAGGCAAGAGAGACAUGGACAAGAAAGUUUGACUUUUUGUUAGCUUGUACUGGAUUUUCUGUUGGACUUGGAAAUGUUUGGCGUUUUCCUUAUCUUUGCUACAAGAAUGGAGGCGGUGCUUUCCUUAUUCCAUACCUAAUAUGUGUAGUCAUCGGUGGUAUACCUUUAUUCUACCUAGAGGUCGCUGUUGGGCAGUUUAUGGGUAUCGCUGGACUAAAUGCAUGGAAAAUAUGCCCGUUACUUCAAGGUAUUGGUAUAUCUACGACAAUCAUUGUUUUCUUCCUCAACUGCUACUAUAAUGUCAUACUGGCAUGGGCGUUUUAUUACUUCUUCAGUUCCUUCACAACAGGGGAUCUUCCAUGGGCCAAAUGUGGCCAUGAAUGGAACAAAUACUGCGUUGACUUUGUCAAUGUAAGAAAUAUCAACUGUAGUGAUACAGAAAAGUUUGGAAACCUCACGUAUUGCUCCAAUCAAACUUUGAAACUGGAUCCAACUACAGAAUUUUGGGAAAACAAAGCCUUAGGCAUAUCAGAAGGAAUACAUGACAUGGGAGUUGUGAAAUGGGACAUUUGUCUUUGUCUAUUAUUUGCUUGGAUUGUGGUUUAUCUUUGUAUCUGUAAAGGAAUCAAAUCAUCAGGAAAGGUAAUGUACGUGACUGCUACUUCACCGUAUAUCUUUAUGACAAUAUUGCUGAUCAGAAACUCCUUAUUAGAUGGGGCUGGAGAGGGUGUACGAUUUUACGUGACGCCAGUUUGGGAGAAAAUGGCAAACAUGGAGGUAUGGGUUGAUGCUGGAACACAAAUAUUUUUCUCAUAUUCUAUUUCUAUUGGAGCACUCACGGCCCUUGGAAGUUAUAAUAAGUUUAAAGAUAACUCGUACAGAGAUGCUAUUCUAUUUGCCUGUACGAACAGUGGAACCAGUAUUUUUGCAGGUUUUAUCAUCUUUACAAUUCUUGGCAACAUGGCGUAUGAACAAGGUGUUUCUGUGGACAAGGUAGCAGAAUCUGGACCUGGGCUUGCAUUCAUAGCAUACCCAAAAGCCGUGACAAAAUUACCUGGAGCGCCAAUUUGGUCAUGUAUCUUUUUUCUUAUGGUAAUAUUGUUGGGACUUGAUAGCCAGUUUGUUGGUGUGGAAGGUGUCGUCACUGCUGUUGUGGACCAAUGGCCAGGCUAUCUAAGGAAAGGAUAUAGAAGAGAGGUUUUCAUUGGUUGUAUUUGUAUACUAAACUUCUUCGUUGGAAUUCCCAUGGUGAUGAAUGGCGGAAUGUAUGUUUUCCAAUUGUUUGAUUAUUACUCAGGAAGUCGAAUCAUUCUUUUUGUUGGCGCAUUUGAGUGCAUUGCAAUUGCAUGGAUAUAUGGAUUUCGACGUUUCUAUGAUAACAUUCAAAUGAUGUUAGGCUUUAAAAUUAAUCCAUAUAUGAUGAUCUGUUGGACCAUUCUGUCACCAGCUUUCUGUUUGGCUAUUUUUAUUAUGAGUACAAUUAAUUACUCAGAAUUGACUUAUGGUAGACCAUCUGGGGACUACAUUUAUCCACAGUGGGCUAUUGCAAUCGGAUGGAGUAUGGCUGCUUUUGCCGCUGUCUUUAUUCCUGGUAUGGUACCGUUCCAGAUAUGGAGAUAUGGUCUGAAACCAAGUGAAUAUUACCUCUUACUUAAGCCUCAGGGAUUAAAGGAGCACCAACUUAGACCACAGGACCACGGAGAAAUUAAUUUAGACAAUUUCAGAGAUAGUUCAUUAAGAUAUCGAGCUAAUGAUGUACCAAUACAUAACCUUGAAGCACAACCAAAUCUUUAUGAUAAGAGGGAUGCUGGUCGAGAAAAUCCAAGUUUUACGGGAGAACGAUUGUGAUCUAAAAUAUACAUAAUGCUCAAAUACCUAAAUUUGUGAAUAUUAAUUUUUAUUUCUUAUUCCAUGUCAUAUCAUAAAUGAUGAUUGUAUCAAAACAUGUAUAUAUCUAAUAAGAUACAAUACGCACAGCAAAUAGUAGGGAUACACAUUUUUUCAACGUAUAGUAUAUGUGAUAGGGAAAUUAUUGAAAAGAUUUAUGAAACAUAAAAAAAAACAUUUUGAUUUUCUUUUCAUCAAUUUCAGAUCAGUUUUUUUAUAAGAAAUAAUAAGAUGUACCUUUGUUAUAACUUUUAUAAUUUACUUAUAGUUUAAUUAACUGCUUUGUGGUAUGUUAUUUCUGGUCGGUUCCUGACAUUUUUGGGAGACGCUUAAAUGAAAAAUAUCAUUCAUUGUGUGUGCUUUUAAAAGGCGGGGUCGAUCUUCUCCUCUUCUGACACCAUACAUUUUUUAGCCAAAGCAAAUUUUAUAUUAGAAAAGAAAAUAAAAGUGGCCACUUACUCAUCCAUGGCAUAUUAGGCAACAGUCUAUAGAAAAACGUUUAUUAGCUUUGCACUAGUUUUCCUCGAUACCUGUCAGGCUACUUCUACAUUACUGCUACAUGUCCCACAAAGUUUAGCAGACAAAACAUAUGGUUAGAUAUCAAUUGAACAUUUCAAAUUUCAAAAAAAUGUAAAGAGCUUAAAUUAAGUCGUUUAUCUGAAAAUAUUAAAACAAAAGAUUUGUGAUAUUCUCUUUUUUAAUUAGAUUAUAACUAUACAAAUAUACAUAUCUUUUGAAUGUCAAUCUUCUUUUACCUAAAUAAGAGUUUGAAGAAUAAUUUUGAUAAUCAUUUCAGACUAGGCUCUUUUUGACUCUCUGUUUCAGUAAAACAUGUUCACUUGCGAGUUGAUAUUCAGGUCACAACGAUGCCAUACUUAUCAAACAUGAUAAACUGUAUAUGUAUGUGCAAUAUCUAAGUUAUUAACAUGUUAUAUCUAUAUGUCGGUUUUAAAAAUAGCUAGACUUAAUAUGGCGAUGUUUAUUCUAAGCUGAACCUUUCAGGUAUAUCAAUUUUUAACGAAUUUCCACAAUGAUGAUAUAUUAUACAUGUGUUGUGUUUCCAUUAUGGACAUAUCUUACAUGUGUUGUCUACUUUAUAUCUAGUUUGUAUUGUAUCUUACACAUAGAUUUUUUAACAAUAUAUCUUUAUUAUAUAAAA